GUGCAGUGUUGAUGAACUUGCAGACUUUGUUUUCUCAGAAAAAUAAGCUUUAAACGGAGCUUCACUCCUGACAUCUUUCGUCCUCUUUCUGCAUCUGCAUACAUACAUACAUACACACACUCUUGUAUCUAUAUAUGUGUGUACUGUGUCUGCAUACUUGACUACAAAAGCCAAGCCAGUCAUCAAUACAAAGGACAGUACCACUUCACACCCACCACACCUGCUCUCUCUCUCUCUCUCUCUAAAUAUAUACCACCACUUUCUCUCUCUAAAACCCCACUCCAUUUCCAUUUCUCUCUAGAUAAGAUAUUCUGUUCAAAAGAGAGUUCCAUCCUUCUGUUUGAUUGACUUGUUUUGAUUUGAUUUGAUUUCAUGUGUUGGUAGAAGCAUAGUAUGAAAUUAACUGAAUAUGGAGGUGGAUGAAAUUGAGAUCCAAACACAAGUAUCCAAAUUCCAGAGGGUUCCUUCUAACGGUAGCACUACAACUACUGAUAAUUCCACAAAUCCUCGAAGAGUAGCAUCUUAUAGACCCAAUUUAGAGCUACAACACCAAGAAAACCAUAUCAGUGUUGCGAGACUCUCCGGAUGGCCGUCGUCACGGAUCGUUAGGGUUUCAAGGGCGUCCGGAGGAAAAGACAGACACAGCAAGGUGUUGACAUCUAAAGGACUCAGAGACCGCCGUGUACGACUGUCGGUGAACACAGCUAUCCAGUUUUAUGAUCUGCAGGACCGAUUAGGUUUUGAUCAGCCGAGUAAGGCGGUGGAGUGGCUGCUGAAAGCCGCUGCGAGUUCGAUCGAUGAGCUUCCGUCACUGGAUCCACCAUUUCUCGGCGAGAAGAAACCGGAAACGGAGCAGGUGAAGUCGCCGGAGUGUAGUAGUACUUCGAGUAAGGGUUCCGGUCUCUCGCUGUCUCGAUCUGAGAAUCGAGCUGAGAAUCGAGACAAAGCGAGAGACCGAGCCAGAGAAAUGACUUGUCGUAAAAAGGAAAAGGAAAUGGAGAUUGAUUCUACAAGAGUUAUGGUGAAUGGUUUUCGAGAAAACUCAUCCUUCACGGAUCUUCUCACCGGCGGGAUUAAUAUUAACUCCAGAUCUAAUAUGGAUUAUAUCUUCAACCGGUCUACUCAAUCUUCUCCCCAGGUAAUCCAAAUGCCACAAUUCAACAUCACCACCGGAGAAAAUAAUAAUAAUAAUAAUAAUAAUAAUAAUAAUAAUAUUAAUAAUAAUAACCACCACCACCACCAGCAGCAGCCACAGCACCAGUUCUCUUUCUUGCAAGACAGCUUUGUACCGGCAACAACCGGUGGUGGAGAAUGUUACAACUUAAAUUUUGCAAUGACGUCAUCCUCAGCAACCGGUGGUGGUGUUAUUGCACCGGGUGGUUUCAGUAGGGGGACCCUUCAGUCCAAUUUGCAGUCUUCUUCUUCUCUUUUGCCACACCAUAUCCAGAGGUACCAAUCAGAUGGAUCAACGUCGACAAAUCUUCCGUUUUUCAUCGUUCCGAACACGGCGGUUGAGCAUUACCCGGUCACCGGGGGUUACUACGGAGGAGAUGGCGGUGGUGGACGGCGGUUGGAUCAGAAAGAAAAGUCGAAGAACUGAGAGUUGCAUCAAUGGGUUGUUGAUCCCCAUCUUAAUCUCUGGUAAUGAAGAUGGAGAAAUCAGAUUUCAGGGUGUGAAAAUGUGAUAAAACUUUCUAUCAUGACAACUUAUAACUGUGUAGGUUAUUUGCAGUUGCAUUGGCAAUGAUUGUUCUGGAGGAAGUCAAACAUUUUUCUUCCUUUACUUUGUAUUUUGAAACUUUUAAUUGCCUUCAAUGCAAUGGUUUGUUUGUGUGUUGUGAGAUUUUUCUUA